AUGCGUUUCUUCAAAAUCGUCAUUGCUGCUGUUCUAGCAGCCACAAUCUCCGCCAGCCCGGUCCAAGAUGACCAACCUGUCACUCGUGAAGUCCUACAACGUCGAUUUGUAGAGUUCACUCCCAUCAUCGAAAAGAGAUUACGCCUCAAAACUCGUGGACCUCCGGCCCCCCCAACCUGCGACCCGUGUGAUGACGGCCCCGGUUGUUGUUGA